AUGGAAGACAAAAAUUCAGAGAAGAGGCCUGGAUGCCCAUUCUGUGCUACUCACUUCAGUCAUCGGUCCUCCCUGAUCCGUCACUUGAAGAACAACUGCAAUAAAGCUCAGCCGCAUACCAUCAGGCGCAAGUCAUGCCACCAAUGUGUUGCCGACAAAAGCAGGUGUAAUCUGAAGCGUCCCACUUGCUCGCGGUGCUCACUGAAAAGUAUUGCUUGUCAAUAUCCCCAAACGGAAGCGAGCGAGGCGCAAGAGCUUGAGCAUUCCAGCUUCAUUUCGGACAAAGAACAUGCGGGUCCUUCUACACCACAACAAUCACUAAAUAUUAUCACGCAAGACACCCCGACCAUCGAUCCAAAUUUGUUCGAUUCCUUUUUUACGGGAUUGGGUCCCUGGGAUCUUACCCAGGAAUCAUCAAGUCUCGCGUUGCGCUCCCCGAAUUGUGCUCUUAGCCCUGAUACAUUCUUUUUGAAUGAAAACGGUGAUUCCAGUCCCCCAGAGCUGAUCUCCAAUAUAAUCGUCUCAUCCGACCACAUUGAACUACAACAAAAUACUAUACCAGCAGCCUUGGCUAACCACAGCAUGGAAUUUAUCUUUCGGGUUCUUCGAAGCUGGCCAAGAAUGCUAGCUGAAGAGUUCCAAACUCCUCCAUUAUUCCACCCUAGCCAAGUCGGUCCUAAUAUCAAACUACCCGCUCCACUGGCGAACUGCGUGACUCUAGCAAAAAUGUGGCACGGCCACUGCCCAGGCGCGGAAGAGAUUGUUCGCACAACAAUAAUGCGCGAGCUGGACAGUAUAGUGGAACAGUCUGAGGAGAAAGAUGAAGCGAUUUUAUUGGCUGCAUUGCAGUCAGUGGUCAUGUAUACGAUCAUUCUCCUCUCUCCGACAUCAGGCUCGAAGCUCCAAAAGUCUGACCACCAUAUAAUAUUCCGCAAAGUCGAGCUAUUGGUCUAUCAGAUUGUUCGGACGGGUCUUUAUCUUCAAGAAGAGCGCACCCAAACACGACCUUCGUGGGAGGCGUGGAUUUUUGUGACCUCGAAACGCCGUGCGGUACUUGCCCUCUAUCUUCUUCAUUGGGCCUAUUCAGUUCUGCAUAAAGUACCAUGUUUUGACUGCAGGGAUCUUGGUUUCAUGCCUGCACCUGCCGCCAAAGCGCUGUGGCAAGCUCGGACAGAACAAGAAUGGAACACUCGUUAUAUCCACUGGCUGUCACGUUGGAAUGGACAGGGCUACCUACAGGCUGAGUUUGGAAAGAUUCAGCCUGGGGUAGUGAUGAAUGCGAGGGCAGAAAAAUGGCUCGAGGAGUCCGAUGAGUUUGGCUUCAUCAUGAUAUCCAUUGGUAUGUGA